AUGUUCGGCCGCUCCCGCAGCUGGGUGGGCGGCGGGCACGGCAAGGCCGCCCGCAGCAUCCACUCCUUGGACCACCUCAAGUACAUGUAUCAUAUUUUGACUAAAAACACAACAGUAACAGAUCACAACCGAAACCUGCUGGUGGAGACAAUUCGUUCCAUAACCGAGAUCCUCAUCUGGGGGGACCAGAAUGACAGCUCAGUGUUUGACUUUUUCUUGGAGAAGAAUAUGUUUGUUUUCUUCUUGAACAUCUUGCGCCAGAAGUCUGGUCGUUACGUGUGUGUGCAGCUGCUGCAGACUCUCAACAUCCUUUUUGAGAACAUCAGUCAUGAAACAUCACUGUAUUACCUGCUCUCUAAUAACUAUGUAAAUUCUAUUAUUGUUCACAAAUUUGACUUUUCUGAUGAGGAGAUCAUGGCAUAUUACAUAUCGUUUUUGAAAACUCUUUCCCUGAAGCUCAACAAUCAUACUGUACAUUUCUUUUAUAACGAGCACACUAAUGACUUCGCUUUGUACACUGAAGCUAUUAAAUUUUUUAACCACCCCGAAAGCAUGGUCAGGAUUGCUGUUAGGACUAUAACUUUAAAUGUCUACAAAGUGUCAUUGGACAACCAGCCUAUGCUGCAUUACAUUCGAGAUAAAACUGCAGUUCCUUAUUUCUCCAACCUCGUCUGGUUUAUUGGCAGCCACGUGAUAGAACUGGAUAACUGUGUGCAGACUGAUGAAGAGCACAGAAAUAGGGGCAAACUGAGUGACCUGGUAGCAGAACAUCUUGAUCAUCUGCAUUACCUUAAUGAUAUCCUCAUCAUUAAUUGUGAAUUUUUAAACGAUGUGCUGACAGACCACCUGCUUAAUAGACUCUUUCUUCCCCUCUACGUGUAUUCAUUAGUAAAUCAAGAUAAGGGUGGAGAGCGUCCAAAAAUAAGUCUCCAAGUUUCUCUCUAUCUUCUGUCUCAAGUUUUUCUAAUUAUACAUUAUGCUCCUUUGGUGAACUCCUUGGCUGAGGUUAUACUCAAUGGUGACCUCUCGGUGUUUUCUUCUAAGGUUGAGCAAGAUAUACAGAAAAACUCAGCAAAGUCCAGUAUCAGAUGUUUCAUCAAACCAACAGAAACACUUGAGAGGUCUCUUGAAAUUAAUAAACAGAAGGGGAAGAAGAGGAUGCAAAAAAGACCCAACUAUAAAAAUGUUGGUGAGGAGGAUGAAGAGGAGAGAGGAUCUGAAGAUAACCAAGAUGACCUUGAUAAAACUAAAGGUACAGAAGCAAGUUCAAAAGGCAUAAGAACAAGCAGUGAAAAUGAAGAAAUAGAGAUGGUGAUCAUGGAGAGGUGUAAGCUGUCAGAGCUGUCCAUCUCUACUGUGACAGAACAGAAUACAACAGAUGAAGAAAAGAGUGCAGCUGCUUCUGGGAGUGAGAUAACAAACUGGAACAGACCUUUUCUUGAUAUGGUCUAUAAUGCACUGGACUGUCCUGAAGAUGAUUACUAUGCCCUCUUUGUGCUCUGUCUUUUAUAUGCAAUGUCACACAACAAAGGAAUUGACCCAGUCAAGCUGGAGAGAAUUCAGCUUCCAGCUCAACAUGCUGAAGAGAGAAACUCGUAUAAUCAUGUACUUGCAGAAAGGCUCAUCAGGAUAAUGAAUUAUGCUGCACAACCAGAUGGAAAAAUCCGUUUGGCAACUUUAGAACUUGGGUGCCUGUUGCUGAAGCAGCUCGUGUUUUCUAAAAAUGGCAGCAUCAUAAAAGAUGUUCACCUUGCUUGUCUUGAGGGUGCCAGGGAAGAAAGUGUUCAUCUCCUUCGUCGUUUCUAUAAGGGAGAAGAAAUUUUUCUGGAUAUGUUUGAAGACGAAUACCGGAGUAUGACAAUUAAACCCAUGAAUGUAGAAUACUUGAUGAUGGAUGCCUCAAUCUUACUGCCUCCAACGGGGACACCACUGACUGGUAUUGAUUUUGUGAAAAGAUUGCCUUGUGGAGAUGUGGAAAGAACACGAAGAGCAAUCAGAGUUUUCUUUAUGCUCCGUUCGCUGUCACUGCACUUGCGAGAUGAGCCAGAAACUCAGUUACCACUCACGAGGGAGGGAGAUCUGAUAAAGACAGAUGAUGUUCUUGAUUUGAAUAACAGUGAUCUAAUUGCUUGUACAGUGAUAACAAAGGAUGGGGGUCAAGUUCAAAGAUUUCUGGCUGUGGAUAUUUACCAGAUGAGUUUGGUUGAACCAGAUAUUGCCAGACUUGGAUGGGGAGUAGUAAAGUUUGCAGGCCUUUUGCAGGACAUGCAGGUGACGGGAGUAGAGGAUGACAGCAGAGCUCUGAACAUAAUCAUCCACAAGCCUGCCUCAAGCCCUCAUUCCAAGCCCUUCCCCAUCCUUCAGGCCACGUUCAUUUUCUCGGAUCACAUCCGCUGCAUCAUCGCGAAGCAGCGCCUGGCAAAGGGCCGCAUCCAGGCCCGGCGCAUGAAAAUGCAGAGGAUAGCAGCUCUCCUGGAUCUUCCUGUUCAGCCUUCAACUGAAGUUAUGGGUUUUGGACACAGCUCUGGAGCUACAGCCCAGCACCUUCCCUUCAGAUUCUACGACCAGUCCCGCCGUGGGAGCAGUGACCCCACCGUGCAGCGCUCUGUCUUUGCAUCUGUUGACAAAGUCCCAGGCUUUGCUGUAGCCCAGUGUAUAAAUCAGCACCAUCCCUCCCCACUCUCGUCCCCAUCACCUUCCAGUGGCAGUGGGAGCACAGGGCGCUGUGAUUCGGUGACUGCGAGCUCAACAUCCACUCCUUCUGCUGCACAGAGCCCCUCAGAUGACCCUUCAGCUCCAGAGCAUCCUCAGGCGGCCAUUUCCGGUCAGACGAUGUUGACUGAUGAAACUCCUUCAGCUGUCUCAAAGUCCAGCAAAAACACUGGGAAAACCAGUGACAUAGAAACAGCAAACCUGUCUCCCAGCCUGAUUCCUGCCCAGCAGCCCACAAUAUCCCUAAUUACAGAUGACAACACGGAUACACUGAGCGUGGAGUCGCUGACCCUGGUGCCUCCGGUGGAUCCCCACAGCAUCCGGACAUUCCCCUGCAUUCCUCAGCCCUCUUUGCAGUGUGAAGAUGAAGUUUGCAAGGUAAAGGAGGUUGAGGAAGAAUGUUCUGACUAAAGCCAACAUCGAACUGUAAUAAACAGUGAAGAAAACGCAACCAGAUUCUGAACUGUUUUUUCUCUGGGAGUGCAGAUACUUCUUGAGGCCUGAGAGGCCGUGGGGUCCACAAGGGGCCCACUGGUGAGUGACAAUGUCAGCAGCUUUUAGAGGAAACAUUGGAUACUCAGCAUAUCUAAACUGGAGAAGAGGGAAAAAAACAAACUUUUGAAUCUGGACUGGUUCUUUCCUACCAGUUUCUGUUAUACAAGAACAUGAAAGCGUUUCAGAGGACCUACUGUCUUUCUAACAGGAACUAAUUAAUUGUAAAAGGUCUACAGCAUUAUGGGGAAGAGAAGAAAAUUUUGGAUACCCAGCUUCAUGAUGCUAUAUUAUUACGUCUCUCGAACUGGAGACAUGCCAUUGACCAGAAAAAAUGAUAUAUUGUAGUUCAGAGGCAAAAUUUCCGUUUGAGUUAGGGUGUGUUUUUCAGUUUGGUGUUUGGUUUGGGUUUUUUGGGGGGAGGAGGGGUUUUGGGAUUUUUUUGGUUGGUUGGUUUUGUUUUUUAAUCCUGAUCUUGUUCAUCUUUUGGAGGUCUGCAUGAUACCAGCAGGCUUGACCACUUUCAAUGUUGUCUUCAUAGGACUCCAGACUUCAGUACUGUUUUUUCCAUCUGAAAUAUUUAUUUCAAGGUUUGAUUCAAAGCAAGAUACAGUUUUCUAGAAGGUAAAAGUCUGAAGUUAAUGACAAAUGCUUAUUCAAAUUAACCUAAGGGAUUUUUGAGACUACUUUAGUCUUUGCUUAGCCACCUACAGAGGAAUGUGAAACAUUUUAAGAUAUUGCUAUAGCUUGUUUGCUUCUGACAGUCAGAUUGCUACACCUCUGAGGAAUGGUGGUAUCCUUGCUACUGAAAGACAACUUCAAGAAGCAGACAGAAGCAGUUUUACUCCAAAGAGGGUUUUCAAAUUUUUCAUAGUCAUAUAGGAAGAAGGUCACCAUAUCUAACUGUGAAUUACUUUGCAAGUCUGAAACAAAAAAAGAAAAGGGAUUGUGUAAUUUUUUUUCCUAUCUGGGGUGGUAUCCCAGUUAAACAACAUUGCUACACAACAGUGAUUCUGAGUUUGUUCUUGGCAUGCUUUGCUUCCUAGAUCCUGACACCAAGUUGACAGAAAGUAGUAGAAAAGUAUUGAUUAAAGUCUGGAGUGUUCUCUGCUGAUUUGAUACGUAGUUUAACAUGAAUGGAAUUUAAGAUUUUUCAUCAAUUUCCAAGUAUGUUAAUUUAAAUUAAUGUAAAAUGAGCAGAUUGUCAUUGUGGGUCUGUUCAUACUCAAGUGCUUUCUGGCUCUCAAAGAAGGAAGUCUGCUGUUUAUUGCUAUUGAUUUCAGUCAUCAGUGCAAUCUUUUUCCUCAUUCUGUCUCCACUACUAUUGAUUUCUUAUCAAAGGGGUGAAUCUGAAAAGUUUUUACCUACUUCCCAGUCAUAUAUUGUACCUCUUCCUGGCUGUCAUAUGGAAUACUUGGAGUGAUUUUCAAUGUUAUAUUUAUAUAUGAGAUUGACUAAUCCACAAGUAUAACUUUUUUCACUUUUCCCAUCUUCUCCUUCACAUUAUACCUUAACCUUUCCCAACCAUGUAUACAAGGUGUCUGCUACUGAAUGCCAGUAAUUUUUCUUCUCCCCUUAUUAACUUUUGCAUGCAGUUUUGUUGAUUUCUAUUUUCCUCUGACUUCUACUUCACCUCAAAUUGAAUUAACUGAUAAUUCUGACCAUUCCAGAGUGGCCCCAACUCUAAAUGAAUUCUGAGAGUUGGGUGUCCUCAGCACAGCUGUGCAUAUUGGAUGAGAAUUUGGCAUGGCUGGAGUAAGGGCUUACUUUUUGGGGUUGUUUGUCACAUGCUUAGGGUGAGUUUGCACUCAUGCAGUCACUGUUGUGGGUAGUGAGCAUGUACUUGAACAAGUCUAGACAUCAGCAAUUUGGGCACAAGGACCACAUAAAUUAUUAGCUGAACUGAUUGCAAUCUAGACUUCCUCUAGGAUUUUGCAGCAUUGCACCGUAGCUCCAGUAAUAUUCUGAAGAUCAUUAUAAAAAAAUGCCUUAAUUUGAAAGCAUUUUAUUCAGACUCUUGACCUAGAUUACACAAAAUGCCACUGUGCAGAAUGAGUUCCCUUAAAUAGAAUUGCUUUUAAACAGGAAAACCUUGAUCUUUAUUUAUCUCCUUUCAAAUUCAGUUCUAGGAAGAUCAGAACCAUGCACGAGGAGUCUCUUUGAUGGGUAUUCAUAGUCUCACCCUUGAGCCACACUGCACAAGAAAUGGGACAAAGGGAUAGAAAGCUGACUUUGUGCUUUCAUUGCUUUUGAGUGGCUCUUAAAUCUCAUGACCAGUUGUCUACUGAGAACUUCAGAGGAAAUGACUGAGGUGGAUACUGUUAUUAGGAAAAUAGAAGUCUAGGUCUACUGUCUAGUCUGCUGCUGGCAGAGCCUUGCUGGUUGAGGGAUAGGUGGGAUAUCUUCUAGCAGUUGUAUCAAAAGCUCUCUGCAGAGAUGGAAUUACACCAGGAAAGCUCUGACUGCACCAGCUUUACCGCUGUUGGGGUGUUACACUUCAGCUGGGUCUGGAUGGUUCUGCACAGAAGCAAUUGAUUUUUGACUUUGCUUCUGAUAUUAAGGCAUGUGUGUAUACAAUUUUCUGUGCUUUGUGCUGCAUUAGGAGACUUCAGAAGUAGAAACUCUGGAGAUGCCAAAAUAAUCUGCCACCAGGCAUUUUUAAGCUCUGCAAGUAUAAUACUUAUCUGCAGUUCCUUGAAGAGUAUCAUAUAUCUCGCUCAUCAGAAUCUGUUUCCUUAGGCUGUUUCCUUGCCCUCCUUUCACUGUAAAAAGGAAACUCAACCAGGAAGGCAUUAGCACAUCAACCACAAAUGUAAUUUUUUUUCUUAAAAAAAAAAAGUUCAUUUGAGUAACAUCACUUUCUGACCAAACCCAAAUACCAAAACUGCAGGUGAGAGCAGCAGCUAAACAAAUAGUCAUUCAACAGCUCCAUUCUUUCAGUGCAGUACUGCAGAGGGAGAUAGAAUCACUCUAAAUAUAACAAUAUUCCAGAGCAAAAUACCAAAAUUCUGGAGGUAUGCUAAAUUCUCAAUGUAUGUUUGUAGAGGCUAUGCCUCUUCAGCCAUAUUCUGUCAACAUUACACAAAUCUGUUGAAAAUUCCUUCCUUUUGAGAAGCCAAAAAAGCCAGGACAUAAUGACUGUUACUUUGCUAUUUUACGGUCUGUGUGUCUUAUUUUAUUAAAUUUUACCAAGCUAUUACUUUUUUAACAGAACCAUGUGUUGCCUCCACUGCUUCUCGCUGGUGCCCUUUGCUUUUUUGUCACCCAGUGUACAGCAGUGACCUAGACUUGAGCUUUGCAUUUGUGAAGGGAGUAGUGGCAGCAGACACUUGGUAAUUUGGUGAGGAAAGGGAGGGAGGAAGCACCAGUUCUGGUAUCUGCUUCACCAUGGAAGUAAUGCUUGCAGUGGGAAACUUGGGUGUGGAAACUAAUUGUUUCACUGAAAUUCUUUGAUAUAGAACAAAACCAAGGGUUAAGCUCCCUGCACUUCGUUUCACAAGCUGUGUGUAUUAAACCAAAUUCAUUAGAAAUGUGGUCACAUAUAUUACUACAAAAAGCUGUAUUUUGUCUGUGAAGUCAUGAAUUAUGUGCACUGUAAGAGCUGAGCUCAUUUGUAUUCUCCACUGCUAAUCAUGAUAAACUAAAUUCUGACUACACUUCCUUAAAUUAAGCUGAGCUGUUGAAGAAGCUCCUCAGUGUUUUUCUCCUUACAACACAGUUGGAGUUUUACUUGCAGUUACUUGGUGAGGAAAAAUUGGGAAUAUCUUCCAGAUAUUGUUGCUAAAGGACAGACUGGUAUGUGACAUUUAAAAAAAAAAAAUCUUCUUUCAGAUCCAGAAUUUAAGGCUCAGAUACAGAUCUGAGUAUUCAGAGUUUAAGUCAAUGUCAAGUGAUUCAUAUAAGAGCUUUACCCAAUGGAGACAGAAUACAGGGGGAAAUAAUGUUCCUUUCUGGAUUUGAAGUAUUUUGAUUUGUAGAAUUUGAGAAACGAUAGUUGAAAUAUUUUGUUCAUGGCAAAAUUUAUGAUCUUCAGGAUCGAAAUUACUGUGAUUUUAUUUUCUAAUUAAGCAGUAAGGUGUGAGUGACUGUAAUUUCCACUUACUGAAAGUGGCUUGGGGUGAUUAAGCAAUCCAGGAAUUCAGUAAUUGCCCUGUAAUUGAGUGUCACUUCAGUAGUAGUAAAAUGAACUUAAAUAUGGUUGAAGACAUAGGUAAUGUAUCAGACAAGCAGCUCAAACUGUGUGUGUGUGAGUAGGAAGCCACUUCAUAAAAGUAAACACUUUAUUCACGUGGUGCUGUCAGUGCCCUGGUGUGACCGGUCACACUCUCCACUGCACAUUCCAGGGAACUCCAGAACAGCCUCAGGAAUGGGCAAGGUUGGAGUGGUCAAAAAGCCCCACCAGCCUGAAGAUUCUGACCAUGUCUCCACUACCCAGCUACAGUUGAACGGGGAGUUGCUUUUAAAAGCACAAAGUGAGGGGUUUAGUGCAAAUUAGAGGUUUGCAGAGACAUCAGCUUGGGGCAGGGAGGUCAAGGGCUUCUGCCUCUGAAGAUAAUGAGUCUCCUUGAUGAGUCUCCUACUUCCAGACAGCCUAAUGUUAGCCAUCUAAAUAUAUGUUGAAAAUUCUCUUCCUAACUGCUACUAUCAUUCUUCUUGAAAGAGUUUUUUGGUAUGUCACUGGUUAACCAUCCCUGGGGUACCACUAACUGGGCACUGCUCUUCUAUUCUCUAGAAACCUUUGGAGUAGUUCUGCUGUGCUGGCCUGCUCUGUUGCUCAUGACCUUUCCCAGCAUUUGCAGCAUGAAUUAGAAACAAAUAUAAUAACUCUUACUGUCCACUAGUGGAUUCUGAAAAGCAGAUCGUGGUCCAAGCAGGGCUUGCUAGGGUGGGAUGUUUGUAGGGGCUGGGAGGGGGGAAGUGCUUGGGGGGUUUUCCUGCUGCUCAGGGUUUUUUGAGCAGCAACAAAGACAUAGGAGAUGCAGUUCUUGGCUGAGUCUCAAACAGAAGGUUCUUUCAUAUGGAAACAUAUUUUUAUAUUACAUUUGUACAGAAUUUUCCCUAUUUUGAUCUCCCACCGUUUUUAGAUUUGCGCGUUGCUCGGAUUUGAUUUCUUUUGCAAGGGGUUAUAAAAUGUAUAUUUUGUGUUUAUUAAUGUAUUAUAAAUGUAAAGCUAAAUUUUGGUUGUCUAAUAAAUGUGCACUGUGGUGGUAUCUGGUUUACUGUUUUGCUAACUUGAAUUCAUUGGUUCUCAAUAAGAAAAGGAAAAACUUGAGUCGUUGUUGGGACUGUCUUGUCAUAAAAAAAUGUGUGGAGUGCAUUUAUUUUAAAAGAGGGCUUAAGCAGGUAAUGACUAACAAUACUUGAUAACAGAAGUUAGAGUUAAGGUUCAGAUUAGUAUAUAGUGUUCACAGGAGUCUUUUAAGACCAUAAUCUGAAGAUACACUAGACUUUUUAUCUUGUUCACCAUUACUUUGGGUGCUUAUGCUAAACUGAGUUUAACACACAUAGUAAUUGCAAUCUGAUAACUUCAGUAUAUAUGAGGAGAUGGGAGGGUCUGGGGUUUUAUGUUUAGAGACUAUGGCAGAAAUAUUUACAAUGAACACAAAGAUAAUUUUAAAAAAUAUUGAGAAUAGGUUCAGGUGUGCAAAUUUAUAGACUGUUAGAAUUUCUAGGAGCUUUGUUUUGCCCAGGGAUAGCACUGAAUAACACAUUGUCACAGUUCUAAGGAACCUGCUGGAAGCAUUAUAGACUUCAGAAGAUAACUUCAGGCAUCUCCACUUGUGAAUAGCUCUGUUGAUAUUUCUGUAGCAAACUUUUUAUUUCAUUUUGAGCUGUUUUGUAAGUUUGAUUGUUUUAAGUGCAAAGAGGGAGAAAUGUAUUUUUCUAGAAGAAUGAAUGUACCUGGGAUUUAAACACUACAUAAAACAUUUCAUGAACAUGGACUGUUCUCCUAUGAAAUAUGUUUCAAUAAAGUUGUGUCUGAAAUGUACUUCAUUUAAGAAAAAAAAAAACAAGUCCUGAACAUGCACUUACAUUUACAGGGAAAAAAAGCCCAAAAAUGGGGUGAACUGAAUUCUGAAAUGUCUUUCUACAGGCAAUAAGUAUUAAUUAUUUAAUAUAAGUUACGUUAGACAGUUGGAGUAUAUGUGACAAUAUUUUAUGUUAAUUUAAAGAAGAAUGUAAAUAAGUGUCUGGAAAGGGAGUGGAAUUAGAAAAUAUUGUGUAUGUUUCUGAAAUCCAGAUUUCUAUGGCUGAGUCUGUAUUUGCUGGCAUUGGUCAUGUGUCGUGGCUAUUGAAAACCUGGACAAGGAUGAAAAAUAGACCUUUCUUUGUAAAUGGAACUUGGCAAUAAAAAUGGUGUUACUGAGGAAA